UGUGCCGGGAAGGUUUCUGGGAGCUGUAGUCCCCAGUAAGAAAGCGGCGGACCUCUUCAGAUUCUUCUCAGUAUCAAGUUGCGCUCCCAGGCUCUUAAAAAUGGGUUUCAAGGGAGGCAGCUCCCACAAAACCUCAAGAUGAUCCUCUGGCGCGGAGCCGCGUGCCCUUAAAUGCCGCCGUUUGCAUUCACACAGCUUGUAAAUAGGAAGACCAGUCCUGCAGGGAGUUGUUCUUGCAUUAAGGAGUAUUCAUAGACUCACCAUGUAUUGAAUGCUGGCUGUGUAGCAGGCACAAAUCCUAGGUGCUUGGGAUAUAAGUGUGAACAAGAGACAAACCUCCUGAUACCAUGGUACUUACGCUGUUGUGGGCCAGAUAAUAAACAAGUUUUUAGGCAGACACAACCUCUUUGUUUGUAUGUGGUGCUGAGGAUGGAACCUGGGCCACACGCAUGCCAGCAGCAUUAGAAGUCACUGGAGACAUUUCUUCAAAUCCCUGAGGAGAAAGGGUUUCUUUUAGAAGCCUACAGUUACCAAAAAUUGUCAUUUGAUAUGAGAGCAGAAUAAAAAAUGUUUCCAAACCUGCCAACCAGAUUGAAGAGGAAACAAAGAAAGAAUGAGGAAGAGAAUAAUUGAAGAAAAAUGGCUGAGGAUUUUCCAUAAUUGGCGACAGUAAACCAUAGAUCCAAGAAGCUCAGAGAACAACGAGCAGGAUGUAUGCCAAAACAAACAUAUGUCUAGGCAUAUCUUAUUUAAACAGUUGAAAACCAAAGAUAAAGAAGAAAUCUUGAAGCUCUGCCUCUUUGGACCCUGUCCCUUUCUAGAAAGAAGAGGAAAUGACUGAGUCCCAGGGAACAGUGACAUUCAAAGAUGUGGCCAUUGCCUUCACCCAGGAGGAAUGGAAGCAAUUGGACCCUGCUCAGAGGAACCUGUACCGGAAUGUGAUGUUAGAAAACUAUAACAACUUAAUCACAGUAGGCUAUCCAUUCACCAAACCUGAAGUAAUUUUCAAGUUGGAGCAAGAAGAAGAACCAUGGGUGGUAGAAGAAGAAGUAUUUAGGAGACACUGUUCAGGAGAAAUAUGGGGAACUGAUGAGCAUCAGAAAACCCAGGACAGACUUUUGAGACAAGUUUUCAAGAACACACUCACUGAAGAAAAAGUCAAAGAAUAUCCUAAGAAAUUUGCAAAUGCAUUUACUCCAGACUCAGAUUUUAUUCCUACUAGACACAAUCUCUAUGAAUAUGACUUGUUUGGAAAGUGUUUAGAACAUAAUUUUGACUGUCAUAAUAAUAUGAAAUGCCUUAUAAGAAAGGAACAUUUUGAAUAUAAUGAAGCUGUGAAAUCUUAUGACAAUAAGUCAUCUCUCCUUGUAGUAACCCCCUUUAAGUGUAAUCAUUGUGGAACAGGCUUUAGUCAAACAUUGGACCUCAUCAGACACCUAAGAAUUCAUACUGGAGAGAAAUCCUAUGAAUGUAACAAAUGUAGAAAAGUCUUCAGUCACAAGGAAAAACUAACUAAACAUCAUAAAAUUCAUAGUAGGGAACAGUGUUUUGAAUGUAAUGAAUGUGGGAAAGUUUUCAUUAAAAUGUCAAAUCUCAUUAGACACCAAAGAAUUCAUACUGGAGAAAAGCCCUAUGCAUGUAAGGAAUGUGGGAAAUCCUUCAGCCAGAAAUCAAAUCUCAUUGAUCAUGAAAAAAUUCAUACUGGGGAGAAACCUUAUGAAUGUAAUGAGUGUGGAAAAGCCUUCAGCCAGAAGCAAAGCCUCAUUGCACAUCAGAAAGUUCACACUGGGGAGAAACCUUAUGCAUGUAAUGAAUGUGGCAAAGCCUUCCCUCGAAUUGCAUCCCUUGCUCUUCAUAUGAGAAGUCAUACAGGGGAAAAACCUUAUAAGUGUGAUAAAUGUGGAAAAGCCUUCUCUCAGUUUUCAAUGCUUAUUAUACAUGUGAGAAUCCAUACAGGUGAGAAACCCUAUGAAUGCAAUGAAUGUGGAAAAGCCUUUUCUCAGAGUUCAGCCCUUACUGUACAUAUGAGAAGUCACACAGGUGAGAAACCCUAUGAAUGUAAGGAAUGUAGAAAAGCCUUCAGCCACAAGAAAAACUUCAUUACACACCAGAAAAUUCACACUAGAGAGAAACCUUAUGAAUGUAAUGAAUGUGGGAAAGCUUUUAUUCAGAUGUCAAAUCUUGUCAGACACCAGAGAAUUCAUACUGGAGAAAAACCCUAUAUAUGUAAGGAAUGUGGCAAAGCUUUUAGCCAGAAGUCAAAUCUCAUUGCUCAUGAAAAAAUUCAUUCUGGAGAGAAACCCUAUGAAUGUAACGAAUGUGGUAAAGCCUUCAGCCAAAAGCAAAACUUUAUUACACAUCAGAAAGUUCAUACAGGAGAGAAACCUUAUGACUGUAAUAAAUGUGGUAAAGCCUUCUCUCAAAUUGCAUCCCUUACUCUUCAUUUGAGAAGUCACACAGGGGAAAAGCCUUAUGAAUGUGAUAAGUGUGGGAAAGCCUUCUCUCAGUGCUCACUGCUUAAUUUACACAUGAGAAGUCAUACUGGUGAGAAGCCCUAUGUAUGUAAUGAAUGUGGAAAAGCAUUUUCUCAGAGAACAUCCCUUAUUGUGCAUAUGAGAGGUCACACAGGUGAGAAACCUUAUGAAUGUAAUAAAUGUGGAAAAGCCUUCUCCCAGAGCUCAUCCCUUACUAUACAUAUACGAGGUCAUACGGGUGAGAAACCCUUUGACUGUAGUAAAUGUGGAAAAGCCUUCUCUCAGAUCUCAUCCCUUACUCUCCAUAUGAGAAAACAUACAGGUGAAAAGCCCUAUCACUGCAUUGAAUGUGGUAAAGCUUUCAGCCAAAAGUCACACCUUGUUAGACACCAGAGAAUUCACACUCAUUAGGUUCCCUGUGGUAUGGGAAAGCCUUCAAAGGAAGGAACACCUCAUGGCACAUUACAUGACUGAUUCUAGAGCAGAGAACUAGGAAUGUGGGAAACCCUGAUGAAGAUGUCAUUAAUUUAUGAAACAUUAGAGAUUUCUUUUCAAGGUGACCUAUUGGAGGAAAAAGCUGACUGUCACAAUCUUCAGCAGACACCUUAUUGAUAAUAAUGUUCUCAUUUAAAUCUGAAAGAAAAUAUCUGCUUUCAGAAUAUCAGCAUUAUAGUUGAGCUCAGCAGUACACUAAGCAAGAAAAAGAAGAUGGAGGGGGUAAUAAAAACUAUAAAAUAACAUUUUAUGUAAGAAAUAGUUCAGUAGAAAAUGUGUUGAUAAAAAAUAUCUAAGAAUAACACAAUCAUGAGUAAUGAGACAUUUAUAUCUACAAAGUUAUAAACCAUGUUGAAGGGGCACAAAAUAACACUUGAAAGUGGAGGGAAAUGAAAUUAUGUCUGAAAAGACUUGACAUUUGUAAGAAUGCAAGUUCUCUCUCAACUCUCUAAUGUACUUUCACUCAAAACUUACACCAGUUAUAUUUUAAAGAAUUUCACAAACUGAUUUUAAAAUUCUAUAUGGAUGGUAAAGGUCCACACUCAGCUGCAACAAACCCAAACAUCUAGAAAAGGAUACACUCUACUACUAUAUAUCAUCAUGUGCUUUACUUAAAGCUGUUGUCACUUAAACAGUGUCAUUGAAACAAGGAUUUAUACAGAAUUCCAAGAAGAUAUGGGAAUUUUAUAUAUGACUAUUCUAUUGAAAUCAUUGGGGUAAGGAUGACCUGUUCAUAAAUGGAAGAUUUGCAUGAGCAAGUUAGCUCUCUCCCUUAUACCAUAUACAAAAAUAGAACCCAGAUGUAAAAAGUAAAACUCUAAAACUAUGUUGAAUAUAUUAAAGUAAUAGGAUUUUUUCAAAUCACAAACAUGGAAUAAUCAAUUCUCUUUUGUUAUACCAGCCCCCAGAGCACCCACAGAUGUGUACAAAGGGAUUGAUCACUGUGUUCACUGCAUCAUGGCUUGGAUUACCCUAAAUUGGACUUUAACAUAUAAAUCUCCCUCAAGAGAUGGAUAGAUCAAUACAAUGUGUUCAUUUCUAUGAUAUAAUGCUACACAAUAUUUAGGGAGGAGAUACAAAAUUCACAUAUAGUUACAUGGAUUGAUCAUAAUUUUAAUAGAGAAAAAUGCAAACUGCAGCGAAACCUGGUAUAACAUUUGUAUAAUUAAACAGUGCAAGGGACAGUACUGUAUGUUGAUCAUGGGUCCAUAUAUGCUAUCGGUUGCCUUUUGAGAUGUGGAAAGGUUUUCUGGGAGUUGUUACACUGAUCUGUAAUAUUUCUUAAUAAAAGAAUGAAAGCAAAUAUAACAGUGGUGACAAAUCUGGUCGUCAAAAUUAGAAAUAUGGAGUUUUAAAAAUUUCCUUCUUGCCUUUAUUUUCCUUUUUAAAUAAGGAUCAGCUAGGUGGGGGAAACAUGGGCCUAUAGAAACAAUUUUAAAAUGGAUUUUUAUGAUUGAUCAUAUACUAACAUUUGUAGAAAAUUCUCUUUACGUAAAACAAGCCUCACUUAAGGUAUUGCUUUGUUUACUCUCUUGAUGACAUUAAAUUUGGAUGAAAAUUAUCAGUAUAGAUAGCAUUGGUUUGAGGCUGAGUUUUAAGAUUUUAAAUAAUUUUUAACACAAGUUUUUCCCCAAGUUGAAAGCAAUAAAGCAACAAAAAUUA